GUAAAAGAAAAACUUCCUGCGGGAGGAAAACUGUGCCAAGCUCUGCUUCUGGAAGUGGAGGCGCAGUCUCGGGACUUCGGGAGGACAAACUAACCCCAGAAAAACGCACGGAUAUAACGGUGUAACCACGGAUUCGAAGGUGGAGAGCGCGUUUUCUCCUCGACCUUCUCAUUUCUUUAAAAAAGAAAUGGAAGAGAGUUCAAGCUCUCCCGUCUCCCCAGUGGACAGCCUGGUGACCAGCGAGGAGGAGUUGGACAGACAGCAGAAAAGGUUCGGGAGGAAGAGGAGACCCAGUAAAAAGUCGAGCGAGGACGGCAGCAGCCCGAGCUCCGUGAAUAAACGGAGCAAAAAGCCGAGCCCGAGCAGCACUCAGUCGUUCGAGGAGCUGCAGAACCAGCGCGUCCUGGCGAACGUCAGGGAGAGGCAAAGGACUCAGUCGCUGAACGAAGCCUUCGCGUCUUUGCGCAAAAUCAUCCCCACGCUCCCCUCGGAUAAACUCAGCAAGAUACAGACGCUCAAGCUCGCCUCCAGGUACAUUGAUUUCCUCUGUCAGGUGCUGCAAAGCGACGAGAUGGACAGCAAGAUGUCGAGCUGCAGCUACGUCGCGCACGAGAGACUCAGUUACGCCUUCUCGGUGUGGAGGAUGGAGGGCGCGUGGUCGAUGUCUGCGUCCCACUAGCGGAGACACUCGUCUGUCUGAACAAUGCCGAAAGGACUGUUUACUUCCACUAAUUUUGAAGACACCAAAGGAUUUAUUGAUGAACCUCUAAACCUCAGUGACGUGGCCAAAGGACAUUCAGUAGAUACACCUACGGACUUGAGCAUCCUCAUGAAGGACACAGCGAAAGGAGCUUUUUAUAUACUUAGAGGAAACGUAGAUGACGUCUCCUUUGUCGUCAAAUACAUUUAAUCUUUUUCGCAAGUUAUUCUUAAAUGUCGCCAUGAUGAUAGUACAGGAAGGCCAGCUGUUAUCUGUAUGGAAACUAUAUUGCGUGUUUGUCUCUGAACAGAAGAGUUUAUAUAUAUAUAUAUAUAUAU